AGCCAUCCUCACCUGCCAAACCAGUUGUUUCAGACCAUUUAUUAAAUUAGGUUGCUGCUUUAGAAUAGAUUGCUUGUAAAAGUUUGUUCUUAUAGAUAUAUAUGGUUAUUGGUGAUUAGCAUAUAGCAGAAAAGUUAUUGCAGCAAUGAAGAUGAUAUGCCAAGUUUCAUUUCUCUACUUGCUAUUGAAUAUUUGUUCAGCGAAGGACGUUCCAGCUUGUUUCAUUUUUGGAGACUCACUAUAUGAUGUAGGCAAUAACUUUUACCUGAAAACUUUGGCAAAGCCUUAUUUUCCCAAUGGAAUCGAUUUUUUUGGGAACAAAUAUGGAGUUCCAUCAGGAAGAUACACAAAUGGUAGAUUAGAAUUAGGCUUGAAAAUUUUAACUCCUCCUUACUUGGCUCCAACAGCCACUGGAGAUGUGCUUCUAAAGGGAAUCAACUAUGCUUCUUCUGGAGCAGGAAUCUUUAACUCAAGCGGACAAUUAUAUGGUGAACGAAUUAGCCUCGACCAACAAAUUAGUUACUUUGCAAAAACCAGGAAAGAAAUCAUAGCAAAAAUUGGUGCUCAAGCUGCAAAGGAGUUGCUCAAUAAUGCUAUCUAUUUUGUUGGAAUUGGUUCAAAUGAUAUGUUGCUCAAUAAAGAAAAAGACCGAUCCCAUACUCCCAAAUCUGUAGAUACUCUUUAUCAACCUCUGUUAUCAACAUUUACAUCACAACUUGCGAAACUCUACAGUUUGGACGCUAGAAAGUUUGUGGUGGCAAAUGUUCCAGUUCUUGGAUGUCUACCUUUUCUGAGAGAUGCUAGUCCGUUAAUAUUUGAUGGUUGCAAUCCAAAUGUCAAUCAGCUAAUCAGAGCAUUUAAUGGAAAAAUGAAGAUAAUGCUCGAAGAGCUUACUACAAAUCUUAUAGGAUCAAACUAUAUCUAUGCAAAUACGUAUGCUAUGACAGAAGAUAUAGUCCGAAACUACAUAUCAUAUGGAUUUGAGAUUGUAGAUGAAGCAUGUUGCCACUUAGGAGGGUUACAUGGGGGUUUAAUUCCCUGUGUCAGAGGAUCUUUGGUUUGCCAAGACAGAACCAAAUAUGUUUACUGGGAUGCAUUCCAUUAUACAGAAACUGCACAGCUAAUUAUGGCAAAGCAUAUGAUGGAUGGUGGUACAAAUUAUAUGUCGCCUUUCAAUGUUCGUCAGCUUUCAAAUUCUUCAUUUGGUCAAAGGAAAUGACAGGUGAAAGUCUGUAAUAACUUAAUUGGAAUCAGCAAAGCUGCAAUUUUACUGAGAAGAAAAGGGAAUAAAAUAUAAAGAUUAUGCCAAAUAAUAUUUGAAGAAUAAAAUCAUAGAUUUUCAAAUUUUGAAUUUAUUUCAGACAUGUAAAAUCAUUUACAGACUUAAUUUUCUAUCCCUUUC